UGACCCUAUUUGGAUACGAAGAAGAAGAAGUCGACAGCGGUAGUAAUAUGGCUCCUCUCUGAGGGGUGAAUGCUUUUCUACACAACAAAACUAUUUGUUGCAUCUGUCACCGUGGAUGUCAAAGCUUCCAAAUACACGCAGUUUGAAGAACAAACCUUAUCGGUUCCUCAUGGCUAAAUUGCAGGCGCUGCGGACGCUGGUGGCCGAAAGACUGGCGGCAGCUGCAGAGGAGGUGUUCAGUGUUAUGGAGAAGAUGGUGAGAGAAAACAUGCUGCACACGUCAGAAAUGUCACCUGAAGAGCAAAGGGCUGUGGUACAAAAGCGACUGUCAGUGGUGGCUGAUGAGAUAUUCAGGAUCCUUGAGAUAAUGUUGGACGAAUGGGAAUCAGAGGUCAAAUGUGCCCGUCUCAGAACAGACAAACUGCCAGUCUCUGGGUCCGAUUGUGACAAGGACAUUUCCUCUGAGAAGAAGAAAUGUGAGCAGAGUAGGAGCUUUAGUCUGGUUCAUAAAGUGCUCGAUCCACCUCACCUUAAAGAUGCAUCUACAGAGACAGACUCUGAACUUAGAAACCGUAAGCGGUCACAUUUUCACCAUACACGACAAGCAGGUAAAGGCAGCUCAGUGACAGAAAUAGAGAGACAAGGAGAGCACUGUCGCCAGGGCGGUCCGUCACCGCAAUCCUCAGAGACUGUGUGUGAAAAUAACAAUAGUGAUAAAGAAGUAAGUCAAACGCUACUUAAGCCAAACAAAAGAAGACGAGUUCAAAAUUGCAAAAUGUCUGAAACAUCUUUACACAAAGAACUUCAGAAGAAAAAAGCCCCAGCAAACAAGAACCCCAGAACUCGCCGCAGUUGUUGCAGAGUUUGUGGAAAGUUCUUCCGGUACAAGCGCUCUUUUCUCAAGCAUGCCUUGACACACGAGCAGACUGCUGGUUUGUGCGGUGUCUGUGGAAAACGUCUGGAGUCUGAUGAGAGACUGAAGGUGCAUUUACAAACUCACAACGAGGAAAAAGACUGCAGGGAUGAAGCGGGCGACAACCAGUCCGAGGCAGAGGCCGCUGUGAGUACAGCAGGAGUAAGCGAUGGAGGCAGUGACAACGGAGGCAGCGACAGAGACGCCAGAGAAGGAUCCUGUUUACAAAAGACAGAGUCAAAAACAGAAACUGAAGAAUCAGACAAAUUUGAUCGACCUCAGGAUUGCACGGAUUUAUCUGAUCCGAAAUACAGCCGCAAAGUCCGUGACAAGUCGCUCUGCUAUAGAUCCGCUCAUUUUAAGCAUGCGCGAGAACGUAAGAAGGAUUCAGAUCUGCGCGGGAAGCCUUCCGAGGCAGAGGAGAGCUCGAACUUGAGCCAAACUACGAGCCGGAGUUGCUGCAGAGUGUGUGGAAAGUCUUUUCACUACAACCGUUCUUUUCUGAAACACGCACUCAGGCACGAGCAGAGCACAGAUCUGUGCGGAGUCUGUGGAAAACACCUGGAGUCCGAUGAGACGCUGAAGGUGCAUUUACAAAAACACAACGAAGAAAACAGCUGCAGGGAUCCAACAGAUGACAGACAAGUGGAAGAUAUGAGCUUGGAGAGUGAACUGGGGGAGAGUGAUGAGGACAAAAGUGAAGGAAGUGAUAGUGACAAUGGAGAGAGUUAUAAAGAGGAGACCAAAGAAAGAAAGAGUAAACCUAAGCCACCUAAGAAUUCACCUCAUUUGAAAUAUUGCUGUAAAGUUUGCGCCAAGUCUUUCUGCUACAGAGCGUCUUUCCUGAAGCACGUUCAAGAAGAUGAGAGCGAGGCAGACCUGUGUGGCGUGUGCGGGAAACAUUUUGAGAAUGAAGAGAGCUUAAGGCUUCACUUGCAAACUCACACCAGAACGAAUGACUGCGAAGUCUGCGGCAAACAUUUCGACGGCCACAAACAGCUGGAGAUGCACGCGAGGACCCACACGGGAGAGAAACCGUUCGUCUGCAGCGUCUGCGGCAAGGCCUUCGCUCAAAACGGAAACCUGACGGGACACAUGAGGGUUCACACGCGGGAGAAACCGUACAUUUGCAGCGUGUGCGGUCAGAGCUUCAGCUUUAAAGAGUACAUGAGGGCUCACAUGCGAAUCCACACCGGGGAGAAGCCGUUUCUCUGCAGCAUCUGCGGGAAAGGCUUCAGACAGAGGGGCACUCUGAAAACCCACACGAUGAUCCACACGGGAGAGUCCGCGCACCGAUGCGCCGUCUGCGACAAGAAGUUCUACAAGAGCGGAGCGCUGAAAAUCCACAUGAGGUCCCACACGGGAGAGAAGCCGUACCUGUGUAACGUGUGUGGGAAAAGCUUCAGCACUGGAGGGUCGCUCACCAAACACAUGGGAGUUCACGAAGGGGAGCGAACGCACUGCUGCAGCGUCUGUGGCAAAGGGUUCCCGAGGAGAGACGACCUGAAGAGACACGCUCAGACUCACGGGGAUGAAUCCGCCCGGCUGACAAGUCUUUAACGCUGAGACCUGCUCCUUUUUUACAGUGGUUGUCCAUUCCUUUUAAAAAUGAGGUUUCUUUCUGGGGAGUGAGGUGAGAAGAUACAGAUCUAUUUCAUGCCAAGAUGAAACGAACAGGUUGACAAUCCGUUUAAACUCUUAGAAAAAAAAAUCUAUUUUAUUACAUGUUGCUGAUGAUUAGUGAUAUUUAUUGGGGGCAUUUAACUGUGUGCACACAGUAACUGUUGGAUUCAGGAUCUGAAAUACAAUGGAUUAUUGGGAUUCUGGGCAAACUGAAAUGUUCACUGGUAUCUAACAGGGAUGUGAUAAUGCAUCGUGAGAAAAUAUAAUCUCAUGUAGUUUAAAUAUCUAAAUAUAAGUUUUUUUUUUAAAUAUGCAUUCAUUGCAUAGUUUGUGUUUUGAAGUUUUUUGUCUGAGAAAUAAUUAAAUGAAUCUUUUUCAGUCAUAAUUCAUCUGCGAGCUACUGGAAAUUGUAUGGAAUCGUGAGCGGGUGAGUGUAUUGUUACGUCCCUGGUGUCUUAUCAGUUGGCCUUUAGCUGUUUAUGUUUUAUGAUUUUAAAGGGUGAGAUCUUAGAUGUUAGACUUAGACAGACUUAAAUGAUGCACGAGGGAAAGUACUUGGUCACAGUGGCUUAGUUGCACAUAAAAAACACUCUUAAAAAAACCACAAGUAAAAAGAUUAUUUUCAUCGAAAACUCAACAAGCUUUAUAAUCUUUACAGACACGUUACUGAUUCAGUCAUUUUGUAGUUUGUCUAACGCAUCUAAGCCUUAUAUCACACGUGAAAAAGCCAAAUUAAGGAAGUCAGCAAGAGAGACAUGCUAAUAGAUGCCAGUGCUGCAGUCUGCAGUUCAAGAAAGCACAGACUCGCAGAGAUUCAGUUUAAACACCAUUUAUUUUUUUCUGCUUAAAUAAUUACUUGGAUCAUCCAGUGUAGGCUAUGUUGGUUCGUCAUACAUGUUGGUACCAGAUUUAUCAUCGACAACGGAUGCUUAGAGUGGAUUUGUAUGAAAAAAACAAAAAAACAAAAA